AUGUCGUCACCAACAUCAGGAGCAUCCAACAACUCUGAGGCUGAAGAGUUACAAAAGCACGAGCAAGCCAAUGCCGCAACACAGAAUCAUUCUACCUUAUCGCACACCACUCCUACACAAAACAACGUAGAGCCGGCGCACCCACAAUUGUCACACGUCCGAGACCUUUUCAGUCUUGCUACGGGCCUCCUGCUACCGUACGCCCUACAUCCCUUGCUUGCCAUUGAAGUCUUCCAUCCCGCGAUCGCCAACAUGUGGCCAUUCAGUACGAGCCCAUCAUUUGCCCCGGCCACCAGCAUUCAAACCCUUGCAGGCAAGGUUAUCCUUGUGACUGGUGGUAACAACGGGAUUGGCAAGGAAACAGUCCUGCAGCUUGCAAAGCACAGCCCCCAAAAGAUCUAUCUCGCUUCAAGAACCGAAUCCAAAGGACGUGACGCUGUAGCAUCAAUCAAGGCGCAAACAUCACAGGAUGUCGAUAUCGAGUACCUUCCUCUUGAUCUCACCUCGUUACCCUCCAUCAAACAAGCCGCAGACCGAGUGACGAGUGACAGCGACCGACUCGACAUUCUGGUUCUGAAUGCUGGUAUUAUGGCUGUUCCUGCAGGCAAGACGGCGACAGGACAAGAUAUCCAGCUGGGCACCAACCACGUCGGCCACUUUUUGUUGACGAAACUACUUCUUCCGACCAUGGAAAAGACGGCCAAGGAACGUAACUCUGACGUGCGUGUUGUCUCUGUCUCAUCCGAGGCCUGGAACAUGGCUCCAAACCUCGAUACGAUCCUGUCAACGGAGAGGCUCACCGCCACUGGUCCUUGGACCCGGUAUGGAGCCUCCAAAGCCGCCAACAUCAUAUUUGCAGCCGAGUUGGCUCGACGAUACCCGGCGCUGACCAGCGUGUCGCUUCAUCCGGGCGUCAUCAAGACCGAUCUCUACAUCCCAAACGCCCAGUCCAACCCUAUCAUGAAGUACGGCUCAAUGGUAUUUGGGCCCUUGCUGUUCCAGACGAUCGAGAACGGCGCCUUCAAUCAGCUCUGGGCAGCGGCCGGCGCCAAGAAGGAGGAGCUUGUCAAUGGAGGAUACUACACCCCGGUCGGCAAGCACAGGCCGAACAAGUGGACAAAGGACGCAGAGGCGGGACAGAAAUUAUGGGAGUGGACGGAGAAGGAGUUGAAGACUGCUGGCUAUUGA